UGGCUUGCAUUAAUUGAGCCUCCGUCAACGGAAGUUCGCUAGUGUUUACAAUUCAAAGUGAUUCAAAGAUAUGGCGGAUCAAUAGUUUGCGUUCACGUUGUGCGGGUGUUUCUAAUUCUGUUUUUCUAAUUCUGCCAAUUCUUGUCGUGCCUAGAUAUGCCGUCCCGAGGAGAAGAUAUCCUUAAAGGUUUUCAAGUUAAUUGGAUGAAUUUGCGCGAUGCUGACAAUGGGAAAAUUUUAUGGCAGGGUAACGAAGACUUAUCUGUACCUGAUGUAGAACAUGAAGCACGUGUACCAAAGAAGAUUCUGCGAUGUCGUGCAGUAUCAAGAGAAAUUAACUUUAGUUCUGCAGAGCCUAUGGAAAGGUUUCGCUUGGAGCAAAAAGUAUUAUUCAAGGGUCGUUGCCUAGAGGAAUGGUUCUUUGAAUUUGGAUUUGUUAUUCCUAACAGUACUAAUACUUGGCAGAGCUUGAUUCAAGCUGCACCAGAGAGUCAAAUGAUGCCAGCAAAUAUAUUAAAUGGCAAUGUUGUAAUAGAAACAAAAUUCUUCGAUGAUGAUCUCUUAGUAUCUACCAGUCGAGUUCGUCUCUUCUAUGUCUAAGGCAAUUUCCAAAUGGUCCUCUAAUAUCAUAUAUAACAACGGGA